AUGCCCAGUCCAUCGAAAAAGAGAAAGAGAAUUGAACCGAAUGAAUUGUCGCAGAACACCCGGAGCAUUGCAUCGUACUUUAGCAGCACGAGACAGCCAUCUACACGACUCGCGUCCGGCUCUGAGCUUACGGACGAGGAGCUGGCUCGGAAACUACAAGCAGAAUGGAAUCAAGAAGAUCAGAAUGAUGCCGGAUCUUAUAUCCCAAGCAGCAUAGCUGCGGAAAAUCCACAGCAAGAAGAGAUUCACGCUCCUGAUGGUUCUACUUCAACUGUUAUCAAGCCCACCACCAAGGAUAAACCCAAGGGGAUAUUAGCUCUUCAGAGUUCUUCAGCAGCAGAGGAUACCAUAUCUAUUUCAUUGCCGUUUGACCUAAGCCCUCUGGAUUUUGACCCGCUUGAGCAAAUUAAAAAACUUCACGCUCAUUGGGAGGCGGAUGGCGGGAAAGUAUCAUACACUGUUUUGGCCCGCGCAUUUUCUCUUGUUAAUGGCACGCAAAGCAGAAUUAAAAUAGUUGAUAUACUUGUGAACGUACUUCGGUUUAUUAUCGUUGGUGACCCCAAGAGCCUGCUUCCCGCAGUAUGGUUAUCUACCAAUGCAUUUGCUCCACCAUAUGUACCUAUCGAAUUGGGUCUAGGGGGAUCUGCCAUUUCCAAAGCGUUGAAAAAGGCUUAUGGGUUGGAUAACCAGGGUCUUAAGUCACUUUAUAAUAAACACGGGGAUGCUGGUGAUGUAGCUUUUGAAGCAAAGAAAAAACAAUCUUUUACACUCAGACGACCGAAACCCUUGACUAUCCAAAGUGUGUAUGAUUCCCUAAUGCAGAUUGCAAGCAGUAAAGGCACGGGGAGCCAGGAGACAAAGCAAAGAAUUAUUGAGAAAUUGCUUCAGGAUACGAGAGGCGCAGAGGAGAGUCGGUAUAUCGUCCGUACGCUGGUCCAGCAUCUUCGAAUCGGAGCAGUCAAAACGACAAUAUUGAUCGCACUAGCUAGGGCAUUUCUCUACUCGAAAUCACCGACGGCUACCUAUUCGAUACGCUCACAUGCUGAUUUUACGAUACUGAGCAAAGACGGCCUUGCGAAUAUCUACUCUCAAGCGGAAGAAACGAUCAAAGCUUGUUAUGCACGGCAUCCGAACUACAAUGACAUCGUCCCGUGUUUGUUGGAAUAUGGAAUUUCUAGCGAGCUUCUCACAAUGUGUGGUAUCACGUUGCAUAUUCCAUUACUGCCUAUGCUAGGCAGCAUUACUCGCGAUCUCCCGCAAAUGCUAGCCAGGCUACACAGCCGAUCCUUCACGUGCGAGUACAAGUAUGAUGGGCAGAGAGCACAGGUUCAUUGUGAUGCAUCGGGAAAGGUCUCUAUCUUCUCUCGCCAUCUGGAACUUAUGACGGACAAAUACCCAGAUUUAGUGUCUCUUGUGCCUCAAAUUCGAUCUGAAGAUGUCUCUAGCUUUAUUCUGGAAGGUGAAGUGGUUGCUGUUGACAAAGAAACUGGGGAGCUACUCCCCUUCCAAACUCUCACGAAUCGAGCAAAGAAAAAUGUGGAAAUAGGUAGCAUCAAAGUCAAUGUUUGUCUAUUUUCAUUUGAUUUGAUGUACCUGAACGGGCAACAACUACUUAACAGGCCGUUCCGAGAAAGGCGUGAGCUUUUGAGAAGUUUGUUUAUUGAGAUUCCAAAUCGUUUUACAUGGGUAAAGAGCAUCGAUGCUUUCCCAUCCGAUUCAGAUGCUGUUCUGAACUUUUUCAAUGAUGCUCUCCAAGUAAAAUGUGAGGGGAUAAUGGUCAAAGUUCUGGAUGAUACACCGGUUGAAAGCCCGGGUCAGAUGGUAGAUUAUGCCGCCAUUCUUGCUGGUGCUGACUUACGUUCUGAGGUGGACGAGCUACAAGAACCUACAGAUAUUGCGGAUACUUCAGAGAAACAGCGAGGGAGCCGUAAACGGCCACUUCUAUCAACAUAUGAGCCUGAUAAACGGCUCGAGUCUUGGCUCAAAGUGAAGAAGGAUUAUAGCACCUCUUCAGACACACUAGACCUGAUUCCGAUCGCCGCAUGGCAUGGCCAAGGUCGAAAAGCAAAAUGGUGGUCUCCUAUCCUUUUAGCAGUACGAAACCCUGAAACUGGUUCUCUUGAAGCUGUCACCAAGUGCAUGUCUGGGUUUACAGACAAAUUCUACGAAGCGAAUAAAGCGAAGUAUGCAGAAGGUAGUGAUAAUAUCAUUUCACGGCCAAGCUAUGUUGAGUAUUGUGGCGAGCCGGAAGUGUGGUUCCAGCCUCAGGAGGUAUGGGAGAUGGCGUUUGCAGAUAUUACGCUAAGUCCUACCUACGUCGCUGCCAUCGGGCUGGUUAGUGAAGAACGUGGUCUAAGCCUUCGGUUUCCAAGAUUCUUGAAAGUGAGAGAGGAUAAAAGCAUUAAUGAGGCUAGUACAUCAGAUUACCUUGCUCAUCUUUGGGAGAAGCAAGCGGAGAAAGCAAAAGUGGGCUGA